AUGGUGGACAUCUCGCUCAUUCUAGGGCCCGUGGUGAUUGCUACUGUGACGAACGUUUUCCUGUUUGGCAUAUGUGUCGUUCAGUUCAACACGUAUUAUACGGCUGGGUUCAAGGACAAAGUGGUGCUGCAGGCCUUGGUGGCUUGGGUACUCUUACUAGAUACCUUCCAUGUUGCUGCCAGCGUGUACAUGCUGUGGGACUACGUCGUAACUAAUUUCAACAACCUGGAGAUAUUGUCAGCCGCACCUUGGCCUUUUCCGUCUACGCCAAUCGUCACAGUGUGUGCCUCUGUCCCGAUCCAAAUAUUUCUUGGAUACAGGAUCAAGCAGUUCUCCAGCUCUUGGGGGAUUUUCAGUGCCAUCGUGGUUCUAUCAGUAGCGCAGGGGGCUUUUGGUAUCGCUGGCGCUACCGGUGCUCUUCUCACUCCCAACAUCAACGAUUUCGCAAAGCUCAUUCCACUGGUGGAUACCUGGCUGGCUCUUUCCGUACUCACCGACUUGGGUAUCACUUUAUUGCUGUUCUUUUACCUGUCGAAGAAUCGCAGUGCAUAUUCCAGAACCCAAAACGUCGUCUCCAAGAUCAUUAGGGGAGCCGUGGAAACGGCGGCGUUUGGCAGUUUCUUUUGUAUCAUGGACCUCAUUUGUUUCUCGGUGUUGCAGAGCACAAACUUUCAUCUAAUCUUUGCUUUGCCCAUGGGACGCAUAUAUACCAAUACCCUCCUGUCGACCCUAAACUCAAGAACAGGGCUGCGCGAAGUAAUGUCAGGCGCAAAAGGCUCAGGAGAGAAUUCAUUGAAUCUUUCCGCCAACCGCUACGCGCCUGGCAAUCAUAGCAUUCGCCCCACACAGGUCAACAUCGCUAUCGAGCGUGAUAUCCAGAUGGAUACAUACGGCGAGUCUCGCCGACCGGAUGACGUCAAACUCGGUGGACGGUCGGGAGAUCAUGAGCAAGAUCCUUAUGGUAUGCCUUCUAUCUGUACGAAAGAAACCAAGUCUAAUGAUCCCAUAGUUUGA